UCGGAUGACCACAACCUCCAGAGUGUCAGUGAGUAGGCGUACCUUUGGUCCGUGCAAUGUGACGGUCUAUGUCUGGUUCGCUGCCAGUGCUGUCCUAACCAAAUGCAUUUGGUCUAUGGCUAUAGCACAGCACCAAUUCUACAUCGAUAGACGCAAUUCACACAAAAGUUGUUUGACAUCUCCGCGAACUGUAGAGCAGAUCGCGUCCGAACUCAACUCGAGUACCGUAUCGUCGACCGAGUCUUCGAGGGCUAAUAGUUUGACGACUAGUCGGAGAAGUCUUAGCGCUCAUAGUUUGCCGACUCUUCGCAUAGAAGACGAAACGCUGACACAAUUGGAGAGCAAUAAAGCCGUCAAAGAGAAGGAAAUGUUUGAGACGUUGAAAGUGAGAAAAGAGGCGCUCGAAGAGGCCAUGAAUAAGAAGUUGGCGGAACUGAAAGCCCUGUGCCUUAAGGAAGGGGAGUUGACGGGAGAACUGCCGCCCGAAACACCACUCAAUGCCAACGAACCGAUGCCUCAAAUCAGGCGAAGAGUGGGGACAGCCUUCACACUCAAUGAUAAGCUGCUGCUGAAGCCAAAGACGAAGGAGGAAGAGAUCCUAUCGAAGCUGGAGCUGGAGUUUGAGAUCCAAAGCAAGAUAGUGAGCGCCGCCUCCAAACUGGCCAAAGACGUGAACCCCAAGAAAAAUGUCCGAAAACAGCGGAAACAGGCGUACCAGCAGUCGUUGGCUAAACUGAAGGACUUGGAGGGCCGGCUGAUGGUCGUCCGGCGCCAAAUCGCCGCUUCAAAACUGGCCAAAUCUCGACGCAAUCAGUCGACUGAAGAUCUGAGCGAAGAUAAUAUCAGUCACUCGACAGACGAGUCCCAAGAAAAGUGCGAAAAUAGUUUGAAUAAGUUUUUUGUGACCGAAAGGAAUCACAAACAGAUUCUCAUGAAGAGAAGUGCCAGUCUUUACUCGUCGUCCGUUCCCGGGACGCCCAACAAGUUUAAUGAGAACCACGGCUCCCGAGUCAGACCCCUGUCCCCAUCGGUCACAUCACUGGUCAAUAGGGUUCAAGUGAUACAAAGGCCUCGUUCUGCGGCCGCCAAAUCUGAGCCCACAUUUGAUUACGACACCGACGAGGAGUCCAAUGAAAUGCUUAAGAAUCUGAACACAGACUUCGCCGAUAACGCGAGCUCUGCCGGCAGUAGUAGUGGCGGAACCAAUGCUAGUGUCAUAUAUAUCGGCGAACAAAAGUCGAAACACUUGUUGUCUCCUUAUGUGAACAAAUACGAGACGUCCAUCCAUUUGAAUGAGAGCUCCAAUCUAUACAGUGUUCCCAACAGACGGACCUCUAUUGCCAUUAAGAGUCAGGACGACACACAACUCAGACAAGCCGUGAAUGCGCCCAAAGAGUCGGUCGUUGUUGUCAAUAAAAAUCACAGAGAAUUGCAAAACGAGAACAAAACGAGUCAAUUGAACAGAAGUAACAGUUUAGACAACAGUCAGAGGAGGCGGACGUCCUCUCAGGGAUCGGCUGAAGGCUACCCCAACCCUAACAGUCCCUCAUAUGAUUCACAUCACAUUCAUUAUCGCAAUCACUACCCGUCCUACAGAGUGAGCCGAACAGAAACACCAGAAAUGGGUCCACCAAUGAGUCCAUGCCUCACAUCAACUCAUUUGGCACAGAGACCACUGCCGACGAUCCCCACCAAUGAAUGUCUAUCACCUAAAUAUCUGCCGCCAAUUAGUUCCCCACUCGUGAAUCCCUGUGACAGUCGUAUGUACUGUGAGACCAACAAAUGCAUUAGUCCUCAAACCAUUUGUUUGGAUGCCAUCGACACCUCACUUAUGCCUCAACACAGAAAUCAUAAAACAAUUCAAAAAACAUUAUUUAAUUUUGAAGAACCAAUUGUUAUGAGGAGUGAAAAUCAGACUCCAAUGAGUCCGCGUUCAGUCACGCCAUCCAAGUCUGCAAUGAAUUCAAUGCCGACCCAUAAAUCUCAUGUCAAGAACGACCAACCAUUCCCUCCGCCGGCGCCCAAAACGUCAAAGACAUGGACAGAGACUUCGCUCGACUUUGUAUUGCCGGCCAACUCUGAGACCAAACAAACAAUUUUACAAACAUUGCACUCAAACCCAUCGAAAGCCAUUAACGGACGAAAUGCUAAUAGUAUAGCGAAUCACGAAUCGGCCAAAGAAUUGUACGUUAAUGUGGUUAAUAUGGCGCCAAAUGCAUCCGCACCUCAAACUCCUAGAGCAUUAUCAUCAGCCACACCAUCACCACCGCAAUCAUUGCCAACACCAACACCACCACUCGCAUCACCGGCACCAACACCCAUACCAUUGCACAUCUCGUCCACAGUGAAUGUGAACAGGAAUUCCAUCGCAUCCAUCAAUAAGUCCAUCAACGGUGACAGUGCAUCCAAACCACCGGCGAUACCAAUGUCUCCGACCAUACCAUCGGGUAAUGGAGUCGAAGUGACUGUUGUCAGUGUCGGACACUUCCAGCCCUAUUGGGAAGAAGAGAAGCCCUUCGAGUUGGAGGACUUCUACAAAUACAGCCAAAAACAUCGCAGUUCACAGCAAACAACAUCAACACCGGUGCCAAACAUGACAUCUCCUGUUCAUCACCACAACGCUGGCCAAUCAUCGCGCGCGUCGGUGGCGCUGUCACCCAGUGGUAGACCUAUGGGUCCCGAAGUGAGUGUCAAUUCGUGUCAAUCACCGAAUUCUAGUUUAUUGAACGACUCGCUGAAGGGACAGAUGAUUGUGUCCGACUCCUUCACCAAUGAGCUCAUGGCCUGGUAUGACGACCGCGACACCGACCCACACAACCGCACCAACACAUCCAAACAAAACGCAACACUUGUAUAGACACUCAUUCAUCUCAUUUGAAGGCAUUUGUUGUCAUCAUAUCAAUAGUGCCAUAAAUUUUUAUAUAUUUAUUAGUUUUUGUUUGUUUUAUAACAAACCAUUGGUAUUAUAGUUACUGUAAAUACUGGAUACAAAAAGUCCGU